AUGUUGCUCACAGGAAGUGUCGCUACAUUUGUGCGGCUGUAUCGUGUUUUGGGCAUUGGCGAGCAGCAGAGAAUUACCGCAACGUGGAUGGCGUGGUUCAUGGCUCUGGGUGCCCUGGCGGCUUUCAUCAUGGCGCCGUUCUUUUAUGUGGCGGCUGUAAAAGAUCAGGUCCAAGCUGCAGCCGCGCUGUCAGAAUUGUCCAUGGCUACCGUUGUGGUGUCCAACCUAACGGGCCUCGUUACCGGCGGAAUGUAUGUGCUGCUUCGGUCAAGCAAGAUCGGAAAGCUUGGCCCCAAGGGCUACUUCGAGUUUGACUCGCGGCGGCUUAUUGGGCGCCCCAAGUCGAGUAUUCCACCCGGCUUCAUCUUUACAAGGCAGAUGGAGCAGCCCGUGCCAGUGCCUAGGCAAUUGUCUUUUCCUGAGCGCCGAGCGAGUAGCCUCUAUCCUGACGGCAGGCCUAAAACACUCGCAGUUGGUCUGGCAACUACGACUCCCGGUCCUGUCCUGUCCCAAGAAACACGCACUCAAAAGACCUCUGCCUACGACAUGGUCCCGCGAGACACCGUCUCCGACAAGCCCACGUAUAUCCUCCCAGCCACAGCCUACAUACCUUUCAGCAAAGAUGAGGCUCUCAACCCAUUUGCUGACGAAUUUCUUCCCCCUCCCGCCAUCCGAUUAUCAGGCGGCAGACGGAAUCGGGGAUCAUCGCUGGGCUCGUCUGCCAGCGUCCCAAUUGGCCUCCGAGUCUCCAACAUUGACGACAUGCCCGCCGUCCAGUCGUACUACGAAGCUCCGCCAUCUCCUCGACCCACGCCUCCGAGCCGGCUCGUUUCAGGCGCGGCCGCUCCCCAGGUGUCAGACGGUCGCGACCUCCCAAGGGAUGAGAAUUCAAACCAAGACAAGAAUAAACAACUACCGCCUGUGCCCUUGGCGUUGACGGGAAAUCCGUCUGUGAAUGAGGCCGAGGCAGAGAAAGUUCGUCUCGGUACGGCGGCGUACAAUCCCCAUAGGACGCCGAGCAAAACCAAGGCCAAGAUUGGCAGUCCGAAUGCGCGACCGCCCGGCCCUUCCCACUCUCCAGAGAGCUAUCUUGGCGUCGACAAAGCCGAGUGGAUCUAA